AUGGACCCAAAAUGUCUAGAUGCGAUAAAGUAUUGUGGGUCUUGCCAGAAAGCUGGGGUGGCCUGCAAGUACGUGGACCGGACUAAGAGUCAUCAGCAACUUCUAGAGGGAUUGCAACGUCGCUUAAAACAGGUCGAGGCGACUAACCGCAGCGUAGCUGCAAGGAUCACUGCUCAUGCAUCUCCAGCUGUACAAAAUGAUAAUGAUGAUAGUGGUAACAGGGGAGGGUCAGAGAUGGCUGGACCAAAUGUAGAUCUUGUGGAAGGCGUCGGUGAACGAGACCAACCUGGAGGAGAACCACACUUCUUAGGCUCAGCUAGUGGUGUGUUCCUUGCCAGCAUGAUCAGCACCGGCAUGGCAAGGCGCGCCAGGGGAUACAUCAAAGGAGCUCGCGGGAAAGCACAGCUUGAACAUGACCACAGGUGUUAUCCUUUCCUCCACCGUGAGACUACGCUACUCGCAUUGGACCAAGUUUAUCAAGACCCUUCCUACAUUGAGCACGAUGCUUUCGCAUCGUUCGUGUUUGAUAUGAUUCUUGCUAUUCCCACCGCUAGUGUGCGUAAGUUUAAUAUGGAGGCGCUUGCCGACGCAGAAACAUACCAGGUACGGGCGAUGCAACGGCUCAAUGAAGUAAUGCGCAAUGGAGGUAUCCAGGCGCUGCAAGCACUCUUAUUGUUGUGCCAGUAUAAAGUGACCAAUUCCUUUCAGGAUACAUCGGCAAGUAAGUUGUGUUUCGAGCUACGGCUUCAAAGAGAGCAGACCUACCGGCCGAUCCAGGGAGUCCCUGCCACUGUCCAGGCGUCACGUGUAGCCAUCUCAAGAGAGAUUCGCCGCUGGUGCUUCUGGUGUUGUGUUGCGAUGGAUAGAAUUAUAAGCAUCACACUAGGAAGACCUCUCGCUAUCCAACUGCGUGAUGUAGAUGUCCAUCUUCCUAACACUAGUCAUGAUAAUCCUUUCCCAUCGUCGUUUUGCCGAACGGCGUUGUUUGCUCACAUCGUCCGCUACCACAUAAUUUGUGGCGAUAUAUUAUCCACACUACAUAUUGCCUCCCCUAGACCACCAAACGAUACAGCAGCUACUCUUGCAGCUCGGGAUAAGCUUUCAAAUAUUCUAGCCCAAUGGCGACAUGACACAGCAGGGUUGUCCCUCAGAAAUCGACUUGGCGAGUCCCUUUUAGGGGACCAACCCAGUUUCCGCUCUCGUGAGUGGCAUGAGCUACUGUAUCAUAACACACUUCUUAUUCUAUCACAUCGCUUUUCUCAUAUUCAUCAAUCCCGUCGAGUCAACUACACGUGGAUCACUCCCCAAUUCUGUUUUUAUGGCUGGUCUACCCUCCAUAUAUGCCUUGGGUCAUCAUUUCCGAUCUCACAAGCACCAUGCUUGCGGGUGUGA